AGUUAACUGGAGAAGGAGGAGAAGGAGAGAUAGGAGAUCAUUGUUGUUAUUGUUGUUGUUGUUGUUGUUGUUGUUGUUGUUGUUGUUAUUUAGAGGAAUCUAGUCACGCACAGGUAGAAAGAUCGACGUCAGCGAAACUACACUACAGGAUUAAAAGGAUUAAUCCGAAAGGAUAUACACCAAAGAAAAUUAGUCUGAAUUUAAACGUGGUCGAUGGACCGACCACCCCCUAACCUCCUCUGAAAAGAUCAAUACCAAAGAAGUCAAAAGAUCAACAAGUUUAAACGCUUUUAGAUGUAGUAAAAUUUACGAGAAAAUCAUUCUUCAUCGUAUUUUAUUAAAGUGAACUUUGAUCAAUGACCGAUGAAGAUGUAAAAGGAGAAAAAAAGUAUCAAGAAACAACGAGGAAAAGUCUCAUCCUUAUUCUUGCAUUAUUGAUUUCUAACGAGCUGAACAAGCUAUUCCUGUUUCAUACAAUCAUGAUGAUGAUAAUGAUGAUGAUGAUUAUAAUGAUGGUGAUGAAGAAUUGAAAGAAUACAUUGGAGGAACAGGUGCUACUCAGAAUAAUAAUUUAUAAUUGAUAAAAUCACGAAUUUCAAGGUUGAUUAAUGAUCAAGUUUAAAAAAGAGUAAAAACAAAGAUAGAUAGAUAGAGAGAGAGAGAGAGAGAGAGAGACAAGUAUUAUUAAUCUAUUUAUUGAACAAUCAAUAUGGUUACAAAACUGAUGAUGUAAUAUCAUUGGCACCUAAAAGGGUUAUGAAAUAAUAGGAAGAAAGAAAGAAGGGAAAGAAGAAAAAAAGAAAGAAAGAAAGAAAGAAAGAAAGAAAUAUAUAAAUAAUAGAGAGAAGCUAUUGUUUCCUAGUUGAAGGAAAAGAAGGAAAGGUGAGAGGUUGUAGACGAGCUUGAAAGUUGGAAGGAGGGUUGGAAGGGUAUUGAAAUAGAGGAGUAGAAGAAGAAGAAGUGAGGAGGGAGAGAGAGAGAGAAAGAGAGAGAGAGAGAGAGAGAGAGAGAGAGAGAGGGAGAAAGAUAGCAGGGUCUUGUCUGGAAGGGUGGCAAGAGUGAAAAGCCGGGUAGGAGUAAGCCGGCUAGCAAGCAAGCAAGCAAGCAGGCAGGCAGGCAGGCAGGCAGACAGGCAGGCAAGCAGAUAGGCAGGCAGGCAGGCAGGCAGGCAGGCAAGUGAACGAGCUAGCUAUCCAAGGAAAGCGUGAGUGAGAGAGGAAGAUACAGAGACAGAGUGAGAGAGAGGGAGGAGGAGGGAGGGAGUGAGUAAGAGGAAGAAGGAAGGAGAGUUUAUAGGAGGGGUGAAACCGGGUUGAUAUCGACCGAGGAUUGCGCUUGCGUGGAAAAAGGCGCGCUCGAAGAAUUCCAUCGUGCGCGUCGUGAAAGAUAGUAGUCAAAGCUCUCCUCUCGAGUAGUAUUCGGUUGAUCGACGAGGAGGAAACGACAGGAUAGGACGAAUGCAUAACGUCAUUCUAUCACUGUAUCUGUUUUAGCGAUGUCGAGUAUACUCGACUUCCGUUAUCCUCUUUGGCUCUGUGCUUGGUGAUUCCAACGCCUGCACGAGCCAUCGACGAACUUCCGGAAGUCUUUGCGGAUAGAUAGAUACAAAGAGAGAGAGAGAGAGAGAGGGGGGAGGGAGAGAGGGAGGGAGAGAGAGAGAAGAAAAAGAGAUCAUAUUUCUUUGGAUCGAGAAGUCGACAGGGAAUAUUCAGAACGAGAGGGGUGGGAGAGGGGAGAGAGAGAGAGAGAGAAAGAGAGAGAAACGAAGAGAAAUAAGAAAGAAGAGAGUAAAGCUAUCGCGAGACGCGAUAACGAGCUGUGAUAAGACUGUAUAACUUUUUCUCUCUUUCUCUCUCUCUCUCUCUUUCCCUCUCUCUCUCUCUCUCUCUCUCUCUCUCCCUCUCUCCCUCCAUCCAUCCGCGUUGUUAACUUCUGGACACUCUCACAUAGUUACGAUAAAGUGUUCAAGAACGUCAUCGUCAUGACGUUCAUCCUACCUAGAAGACGACAUAAUUUCGAUAGAUGUGAUGGUGGUUAUAGAAGUAGUAGUGACGGUGAUGGUAGUAGUGGUAGUGAUAAUGGUAAUGAUAGUGGUAAUAGUGAUCGUGAUUAUGUUGCCUAUUCGUCACUGAAUCCACCGAGUUGAAGAAGAGCUAAUCUAAUCUAAUCUAAUCGUAAUAAUACGUGAGAGAGGAGAAGUUUUUAGUCCUCUUGUCGAUAUGCUCUGAUAGAUGAACGCGAGCGUCGAAGUCUCUCGAGGCUGAGGUGCUCGAAAAUUUGUCUCUCUUAUUUCUCUUUCUCUCUUUUUAUUUCUCUCUCUCUCUCUCUCUCUCUCUCUCUCUCCCUCUCUCUCUCUCUCUCUCCGUCUCCGUCUCUGUGCUUAACUUUCUGAACAUGAUCAAUAUGCAGCAGUUGAUCCUAGGACAAGUAUCUAGUAGUAGCGAGCAACCUCAAGAAGAGGUUCAAUUGACCGAACUAUUGCCCGUCAAACAGUCACGUAUUAGGGAGAAUAAUGUUUUCAAGGACAUCGAUGCUACCGAUGCAUUGAAAGCACUCCGAAGUUUUUCCGGUGAAUGUAACGAGGAGGAACAAGACUUUGGAUUGAGAAUUUUUGACGAGACAGAAAAUGGCCGUGAGAAAGAUGAGAUUAAAACUAAACGUGGAUGUGGAAAUAAGAGGAAAUCGAAUCAUACGAACGUUGAUAACUUGGAAAAGAAGAAAAAUAAUUCGAACGAACGUGACAUCGAUCAUCGUGAGGUGACCGAUUGUAAAAGAUCGAUAAUGUCCAAGAAAAGAAAUGUAGUAAGGAAAGAUUCUAAGAAGAUAAUGUCAGGUUCUAACAAAAGGACUGUUAAAAAGAUAGGGAUCAUUGAUUCGACUGAUCGAACGAAAGACAAUACGGAAGAGGACGAUGAUAAUCAAUCAGUUUUAUACGACGACGAAAUUCCAACAUAUUUGGAUUUGGACAAAACGAAAGAUAGUUUGAAUGACGAAAUUUACGUGUUCCGUCGUGAAAGAUCUAACUCGUGCUCUCUCUCUCAAACGUCCAGCGAAGUGAAUCAUGAAAAUACAGAAGAGAUUUAUGAAAACGAUUAUCAAACGACCGACGGUGUUCUAAUAAAGAAAUUCACUCAUCGUUCAAAGAAUUCAGAGAUUAGUACGGACGAGUUAAACUCAUCGAUAUCCGAGGAAGAAAGAACGACUCCAACGACCGACGAUAAUCCAGAGAAAGAAUUAAGAUUGAAGAUUGACGCGAUAAUCCAGGCGAAUUUUUUGGUCGAAAGAGAUAACAACAAUGUCGUUAGUCAAGAUAGAAAGAAAUUAGAUAUGAAAGAGAGUUCUUCGAAGUCAUCGUCGUCGCCACCACCAUCUCAAUUAUCUACGAUAGUAACUAACGAGGUUCAGGACGGAUCAACGUUCAGCGACGAAGAGACAAAAAGAUCAGAGGACGAUGGUAGCAAUGAGGAUCAAACCCAAAAGGAUUCUCAAAAGAAAUAUUGUUGUGUUGUUUGUGAUGCCCGUUUCAAAGGUAGCGGUGGCCUAAGGAAUCAUUAUAAAGUUGUUCACGGUGCUGGGCCAAUUUUCAAAUGUGACGAGUGCGGCAAGGAGUUCCCAUUGAAGGAACGUUUGAAGCUCCACGUUCGAACCCAUACCGGCUUCAAGCCAUACAAGUGUCCGGAAUGUGACAAGAGCUUUGCCAGGGGUGGCCAAUUGGUUCAACAUCGUCGUACACAUAGUCAGGUAAAACCUUAUCGUUGCGCCCUCUGUUCAGGUACGUUCACAUGUGCAGCGAAUCUUGCUUUGCACGUUAAAAGGCACAACGGUCAGAAGGAUCACAAAUGUGAAAUAUGUGGUAGGGGUUUCGUUAGGCGUGAUGCAUUGAAAAAACACUUGGAAUGCCUUCAUCGCGACGUCAAGUCAUUUCUAUGCGUGAUUUGUAACAAAACGUUUAAGGGACACCUGCCCCAACAUAUGAGAACUCAUGCUAGGGACAGACCACAUGGUUGUGCCACCUGCGGCCAAAGAUUUGCUCAGAAAUCACAAUUGACCGUACAUCAACGUACUCAUUCAGGACAGAGACCGUUCAGAUGUUUGGUCUGUUGGCAAGCGUUUGCGCAUUCUACUGCGUUGAAGUUGCACACCAGAAGACAUACCGGGGAAAGGCCGUUCAAAUGUGUCGAAUGUAACGCCGGUUUCACCCAAUUGCCACAUUGGAAAAAACAUAUGAAAUGUAUUCACGGUAGGAGCGAACCGUAUGGUUGCAAACGUUGCAAGAGUUUUUUCAGGAUCAAAAGUGAUCUCGAGAGUCACGAGAAAUCUUGCCAUCCAGAUGUAGAACCCGAUGUCGAGGGCUCGUCCAAUUCAUUCGGUGCCUCGAACGAUUCCACCGAUAAGAUCACCAAUACUACAAAAUACAGAACUAUGACGGUCGAGAGAAUGCGUUUGUUGUUGGCUGUAUUAUUAAAGAGGAUCAGCAAACAGGAAAGAUUAGACGAGUUGGGUUUCGGUAAACGUCUUAUCGACAAAGUUCUUCAUGAUUCUUUGAUAUCCGCUGGGAAGGAUCCGGCAACGGGUAAAGGUCUUUCAGAGUUGGAAACUCUCACCAAGAAUCUUGAGACUUUUCUCGAGUGGACCGUACCGAAGGAACAUUGGGAGAAUUUUCGUCGAAUGAAAAAAACUCCAGAAGACAUUUUGGAAACUCUCACGGCUACGUAGAGGUGAUCAUCGGGAUUAAUUAUUUUUGUUUUCUUUUAACUUUUUCUUUCUUUCUUUUUUUUUCUUUUUCUUUUCUUUUAUUUUCCGUCUCCUCGUCAAUCCCAAUCCCUUCCCUCCCCCAAUCCAAAACUCUCCUGGCAUCUCUCGAACGGUGCGACCUACGAUAGUAACAAACGAUUAGCAAAGAUAUUUAUUUCUCAAGCCGUUUGAACAAAAUCAAUCUUAAAACCCACCGUGUAUAAUACCGUGAUUAUUUUUAUUUAUUUACUAUAUUUUUUUCCUUUUUCUUUAGAAAAAAAAAAGAAAAAAAAAGAAAAAAAAGAAAAAAGAUACUUUCUAUAUCUUCAUAUCAAAUUGUUAUUCUUGUCUCUUGUACAAGCAUGCAACUAUACACAAAUUUUUUCUUCAGCUGUUGACAAUCGAAUGCCAAUCGCUGAUGAAACUUUUUCAUUUUUUAUUCUGAUUGCACCCCCGUCAUCAUUAUCAUCUCCCUCACUAGCAACAGCAACGGCUGCAACAUUAUUAUCAUCAUCAUCAUCAUCAUCAUCAUCAUCAUCAUCAUUAUCAUCGACAUCAACAGCCCAUAUUUUUAUACGUAGAAAUGAACGAGAUAAUUAUCAAUCAAAGAAGUACAUAUAUACGACUGAUUUCAUGUACUUCGGAUUUAGAUCCGUCUCGUUCGCGAUUAGCACAAUAUGGUGAUAGUUUCGUGAAAUAUCAAAUCAUACCAAAGCAAAGACAAAAGUAAACAAAUGAAAAAUAAAAAAUAAAAGAUAAAACAAAAAUCAAGAAUGCGAAAAGAUUGGGGAAGAGGGUAUCAUAAAAGAAAGGAAAGAUGAAGGUAGAUUGCAAAAUAUAGGGCUGACUUGGGUCAAAAAAGAGUCCCUUAAAUGGGCAUAAAGCAUUUAGAUGAUUUUAAACAUCGAUUAGUUUCUUUCGAAAUAUUUUUUUUUCUGAAACAAACAAAAAUUCUUAUCUACAAGCCUAAAGAGUCUUGAAAAAGGAAUAAUCGAUGUUUAAAAUUAUCUAAUAAUUUAGGGCCCUAUUCCUCUUCCCCCGUAAAACUCUUUUGACCCAUCCAAUACACGUACAUAUUUAUACUUAUACACAUAUACACACAUAUACGAUGCGUAUUAUUGCUAGAACCCAACGAAUCAAUCAAAUUUAGAUACAUUUAUUGUUAAGAGAAAUUAAAAUAAUAGGGAUCGGGGAGCUAGAGGAGGAGGAGGAGGAGGAGGAGGAGGAGAUGGGAUGGGGGAGAUAAGAGAAGAUAAGUAUGAUCGAUACUUAUGGGAAAAAAAAAAAAUAAGUCGACACUUUGAUGUGUGAUACUAUUAGAAGUGAGUGAAAAAAGAAAUGAAAAAAAAAGAAAAAAAAAAAGAAAAAAAAAAAAAAAAAA